AUGAAACCCUACACUACAAACGUCCACACAGAUAAGUCCUCCCAGGACACUUGUCAGCUUACUACCAGCACUGAGACCACGCAAAAGGAAAAAACCAGCAUUGGACAACGUUUUUCACAGCUGCAGAAGAAUAAUUUUAAAGCCAUGGCCCUGGUCAUGUUUGCUCAGUACGUGCAAGGAGGCACAUUUGGCACAGCGGUUAAAAUGGCUGAGGAUGUCACAGACCUUGCCAAAAGUUUUAUUUAUGAGGUUGCCAGAAGGCAUCCUUUCCUCUAUGCCCCCACCAUCCUUUCUGUCGCUAUCCGGUAUGACGAGAUGAUGAAAAACUGCUGCAGAAGCACUGAAGACCUCACUUAUGACCUGGAGGAAUGCUUUCGGAGACAGGCACCAAAGGUGGUGAAGCCAAUAAAAGAAGAUGGCCUAAGGCAGGAGCACACAUGUGGAAUCUUGCACAAGUUUGGAGAAAGGACCUUGAAGGCUCUGAAGCUUGCUCAGAUAAGCCAAAAAUUCCCUAAAGCUGAUUUUGUUACUGUUAGCAAACUCGUGAUGGAUGUUGCUAACAUGCACAAGGACUGCUGCCGUGGAGACAUGCUGGACUGCAUGCGUGAUAGGGAAGAGCUUCUGCACUAUGUCUGCACAAACCAAGACAUCCUAUCAAGUAAAAUAAAGCAGUGCUGUGAAAAGCCUCUGUUACAAAGAAGUGAAUGCAUAGUUAAUACAGAAAACAAUGACAAACCUGCAGACCUCUCCCCCCACAUCAGGGAGUUUAUAGAAGACAAAGGAAUAUGUGAACGUUUUGCCCGGGAAAAGGACACACACUUAGCCAGGUUUCUGUACGAAUACUCCAGGAGACACCCUGAGUUUUCUGCCCAAAUGCUUUUAAGAAUUGGUAAAGGAUAUGAGGACCUACUGCACGAGUGCUGCAAGCCUGGAGCUCCAGAGGACUGCUGCAGCAGAGGGGAGGAGGAACUGAAGAAACAUAUUUAUGAAACUGAAAGUGUGAUGAAGACGAGCUGUGACAUUUACAAGGAGAAAGGAGAUUACUAUUUCCAAAAUGAGCUCCUCAUGAGCUUCACCAAGAAGAUGCCUCAACUGACAUCUGCAGAGCUGAUCAAAUUCACCAAGCAGAUGACUACAAUUGGCUCCCAAUGUUGCCAGUUAAGCCUGGACAAGCUGCUGCCUUGUGCCGAGGAAAACCUGGAUCUUGUGCUUGGAGAAAUAUGCAGAAGACACCUGACAGAUCCUAUAAACCCAGGCGUGUGCCACUGCUGCAGCAGCUCCUAUGCUCUCAGGAGACCGUGCAUAGGGAAACUGGAAAUGGAUGAGCAUUACGUGCCCUUAUCGCUGACUCCAGGGCUGUUCACUUUCCAUGAAGACUUGUGUACAACUGAGGAGGAGAAGUUACAGCACAAGAAGCAGGAAAUGCUCAUCAACCUCAUCAAAUACAAACCCCAGAUCACGCAGGAGCAGCUGACGGCCAUCACGGCUGCCUUCACUACCAUGAGGGAGCAGUGCUGCAGAGGAGGCAACCCCCAGGCCUGCUUUGCCAGAGAGGGUCCAGAACUUAUAAAGAGAUGUGAAAAAAUGUUGUCAGCAUAAAGAGCUCCCGCAGCACAUUGGAAGACACUUGCCAACCUAACAGCAAGCGUAUCUUUUCUGAUGUUCAUGAAGCAUAAACAGGAUCAUGUGAUGUGUCAGAGUGUACAACCACUACCUUGUGGCUCUUUACUCACAAAUCUGAGGAAGUCUGGGUGGUUUUACACCAGCUACAGUUCAUCUGCUGCUGCAAACGAGGGACAAGAGGCAUCUCAAUAAACCACACUUCCCAUAGGACCUGCUGGGCUGGGGAACUGCUUUUCAGUCAGAUGAGGAGGAACCCACAUACAAACCUCACCUUUGUUUCCUGUCACAGUGAUUCAGAAUUAUCAAGGAGAUGUAAAAUUUAAACCAAAGCAAGUAACUUAAAGCCAGUUAAAUUUCUUAGUUGUUCAGGAUCCUUAAGCAUGCAAGGCUUAAGAGAGAAGGCGCAUCACCUUGAGGAAAUCCACCGAAAGAAUAAGUUAAAUGGAUGGAAAUUGUCAUUAAGGAUAUAAAUCAUGAGACCAAAACUCAUUCAUUAGGUUUGUGGCUGACAGCAAGGUGGAGCCACACUGUUGCAAACCCCUUUACAAUUCUUAAAUGUCAAAAUCAUUUUGUCAAAAUGUCAAAAUGAUUUUGACAUUUAGAGAGACAACCUAGAAUA